CCUUUCUUUAUAUUGUUGUCCUUUUUUUUUAUUGUCAAACGAUUUAAAUAAACAAUUGAAUGAUAAGUUACCCAAAUAUUUUGGGAUAGUUUUAAGUCGAAAGUAACCAAAUAUGGAUUGGAAUACUAAAAUCUUAAGGAGCACUCCCGAGAUCUCUUCCACCAACUCACUUUACAAUUCUUGUAAUCAAUAUGAUCGUUUUUCUGGUUUGGAGGUGAUGAAGCAUCAUGGUGCAGUUGAGAUGAUGACAGCAAAUGUUAUUCCAUCAAAUAUGGAAAGAGACAUGGUUAUGAUGAGCUUUGGCAAUCAAGAAAAGAUGAAAAGGCGGCUAACGACAAAUCAACUAGAGUCACUGGAGAGUAGUUUCCAUGAAGAGAGGAAACUAGACCCUGAUAGAAAGAUGAGGCUUGCUAGAGAGCUCGGCCUUCAACCUCGGCAAGUCGCGGUUUGGUUUCAGAAUAGGAGAGCAAGGUGGAAGGCUAAGAAGCUUGAGCAUUUGUAUGAUGCUCUUAAGCUUGAGUUUGAAGUUGUGACCAAAGAGAAGCAGAAGCUCCAAGAGGAGGUACAAAAAUUAAAGUCUAUGCUAAAGGAACAAGCUACAAAGAAGCAAGUCUACAGCAGCUAUACAGAAGCCUCAUGUGAAGAGACCGUUGAGAGUACGUCAGCUGCAGUUGCAAACCAAAACAAAAGUAUUGGUCGUGAGCACAACAAAGAGGGUCACUUUCUCUUCAAUGUUGACAACUACAACGCAAUUUCAUCACCUUCUUAUUGGGGUUCUCUUGCAUGAUUGAUCACACCUUAUGUUUUAAAUUUUAAUUAUAUAAUCUAACUUUUAUUAGAAAAAUUAUUAAGCAAGAUAUGUUGAUUAGUGGUGCAACUAGUAUUUUGGGUGCUUUUGUAUGUAUGUACUACUAGUAAUUGAGAGCUUCAUUACUAUAACAUGAUGAUGUUCUUACCAAAUCUACUUUGGAUAUUUUGCUCAAUCU